UCGCUGAGCGACGAAAGCAGGAGAGAGUGGGGGUGGGGUUGUGAGCGAACCUUGGUGGUGGCGGUGGUGGUGGAGCGGCCUGCGAAGAUAUCAUGGCUGCUGCCACGGAGCUUAGUCGCCCGAGCAGUGGUGACGAGAGCCUGGAGCGAAGCUGCAGCCCCACCCUCUCCCGAGAGGUACUCUGCGAAGUCUUUCGCUCCCUGCACGCCCUGCCCGGAAAGCUUAGCCUCAGAGAUGAUGUGGUGAAAAUUACAAUCGAUUGGAACAAGCUCCAGAGCCUCUCAGCAUUCCAGCCUGCAUUGCUCUUUAGUGCACUUGAGCAACACAUUUUAUAUUUACAGCCUUUUUUAGCAAAACUUCAGCCUCUGAUUAAAGAGGAGAAUACAACUGCUUGUGAAGACAUAGGAAAAACAGACAUGGGGAACAAAAAUGAAAUAAACACCAAAUUUUCCAUUGGCAACCUACAAGAGGAAGAAAAGCACAAAGACUGUGAUUUAGGAGAUGUGAAAAAGACACAGAUCCAUUUUGAUCCAGAAGUAGUUCAAAUAAAGGCUGGAAAAGCAGAAAUUGACAGACGAAUAUCUGCGUUUAUUGAAAGAAAGCAAGCUGAAAUCAAUGAAAACAACGUCAGAGAAUUUUGCAAUGUUAUUGAUUGUAAUCAAGGUAACUACCUAGAAGUUAAUUUUCAUAGGAUUUUAAGUGCAAUUUUUACAGUUGCUCUAUUUUUUCAUUUAUUUUUUAAAAUGAGUAACAUUAAAACACAAUUUAUUUCACAGUUUUAAUUAUCAAAGAUAAGUGGAUCUGGNNNNAAACCUAAUAGCAUGCUUCGAGAUUGUGGUAAUCAGGCUGUAGAAGAACGACUGCAAAAUAUUGAGGCUCACUUGCGAUUACAGACAGGUGGUCCUGUACCAAGAGACAUUUAUCAAAGAAUUAAAAAACUUGAGGAUAAAAUCCUUGAAUUGGAAGGUAUCUCUCCUGAAUAUUUCCAAUCUGUGGUGAGUAUAAGUAUCUCUUAAAAAGAAAUAAAAAUAGAAAAACCUCAGAACUAUUCACUGGCUGAACUUGAUGAGAAAAUUAGUGCCCUCAAACAAGCCCUCCUCAGAAAAUCAAGAGAAGCAGACUCCAUGGCAACUCACCACCUUCCAUGAAAAACUCUCAUCCUUGUCAUUUUACUUUUUUAUAUAAAUGUGUGUUAUAUUAAUUGCACUGUAAUUAAUUAAACAGAUAUCUAUUUAUCAAUAUAGACUUCUCUGUGAAGUCAAGGUUUAUUUUCACAUGACUCUGGCUUGCAGAAAGUGAUCUUCACAUACUCUAGUGAGUUUUGGAAUAAUGAAUGCGGUGAAAAUAGUAUUGUUGGAAUUUAUUCUCUUCUGUUUUAAAGGAGGUAUUUGGAAAUUGAAAUACAGAUUUCAUCUUUUUCCUUUUG